AUGAAACAACUGAUUCGGAAGCUUUCCCGAGUCAGCGACUCGGCGCAGUAUACGCUCCUCCGAUCCGAGUCACGGCGACCGCGGCGAGCCGAGUCUCUGCGCCGAAACCGGCACGUGGGAGUGCCGGUGGGGCACGUGCCGGUUUACGUGGGAGAAGAGCUGGAGCGGUUCGUUGUGAGCGCGGAGCUGCUGAACCAUCCGGUUUUUGUGAAACUAUUGAACCGGUCGGCUCAGGAAUACGGGUACGAGCAGAGGGGGGUGCUGCGAAUCCCAUGCCACGUCAUCGUCUUUGAGCGAGUCCUCGAAGCGAUUCGACUCGGUCGCGACUCGGGGGAAGACCUCCAGUACCUCCUCAAUUCCACUUCUGAGGAGUUUUGCUAG